UUCUUUCCGGUCCAUCUUGAUUGAACCGGCGGGAUCUAUGAACAUCAGAGUUUAAAACCCUCGGAAAACCCAAGAAGAACCGCCCUGAGAAUGUCUGCCUACUUCACAGCAUCUUCAAUCUUCCCUCAGAAGCUGUUCUUUCCUAAUCUGAGUGGAAAUAGGAGGGUAUUGGGUCUAUGGAGAAACGGGCAAAAAGUCGGAAACUUUGUGGUAAAAGCAGGUCCAAAGAAGAUAUCUUUUGGCAAGGAAUGCAGAGAGGCUCUUCAAUCCGGGAUUGAUAAGUUAGCUGAUGCCGUUUCUGUUACUAUAGGACCUAGAGGACGCAAUGUUGUCCUCUCAGAGUCCGAAUCUCUGAAAGUAAUAAAUGAUGGUGUCACGAUUGCCCGAGCGAUAGAACUUUCAGAUGCAAUCGAGAAUGCCGGGGCAAUGUUAGUUCAAGAGGUAGCUGGCCGCAUGAAUGACUUGGCUGGUGAUGGCACAACCACCGCAAUUAUCUUGGCUCGAGCAAUGAUCAAAUCCGGGUUAUUGGCAGUUUCAUUUGGGGCUAAUCCAAUCUCCAUAAAAAAGGGAAUGGACAAGACUGUACAAGAAUUGGUCAGGAUUUUGAAGGUAAAGAGCUUUCCUAUAAGAGGGAGUGAUCAUAUCAAAGCUGUGGCGUCAAUCUCUGCUGGAAACGAUGACUUUGUUGGAGGAUUAAUUGCUGAUGCUAUUGAAAGGAUUGGACAUGAUGGAGUAAUCUCUAUCGAGUCGUCCUCAUCUUCUGAAACCGUUGUUCUAGUCGAAGAAGGAAUGAAGAUUGAGAAGGGCUAUAUGUCGCCUCAUUUCAUUACAAACCAAGAUAGAUCUCUCGUGGAGUUCGAGAAUGCCAAAGUCCUUGUGACUGAUCAGAAGAUUUCAGAUAUCAAGGAAAUGGUUCCUUUGCUGGAGAAGGCAGCUCAAUUAAGCGUCCCCUUGCUAAUCGUUGCAGAGGAUAUAUCAAGACAAGUACUGGAAACACUUGUUGUGAACAAAAUGCAAGGCUUGCUUAAUGUAGCUGUCGUGCAAUGUCCAGGAUUUGGAGAAGGAAAAAAAGGUGUCUUGCAGGACAUCGCUUUAUUGGCAGGUGCUGAUUUUCUCUCGGGAGACUUGGGUCUAACACUCGAUGGUGUGACAUCCGAUCAGCUUGGCAUUGCUAGAAAAGUAACCAUCAGUAGUAACUCAACUAUCAUUGUUGCUGAUCCUUCUACUAAAGCUGAAAUCCAGGCAAGGAUUUCCCAGAUUAAGAAGGAUUUAGCUGAAACUGACAGUGCAUACCAUUCACGCAAACUCGCAGAAAGAAUUGCCAAACUCACUGGUGGAGUGGCCGUAAUUAAGGUAGGAGCACACACUGAGGUGGAACUUGAAGACCGAAAACUUAGAAUAGAGGAUGCAAAGCAGGCUACAUUUGCUGCGAUGGUUGAGGGAAUAGUACCUGGUGGUGGUGCAGCUUAUGUACAUCUUUCUGAGUAUAUUCCUGAGAUAAAGAGCAAGAUGGAAGAUCAAGAGGAGCAGAUUGGUUCUGACAUCGUGGCAGCAGCACUCCUUGCUCCAGCGAAAGCUAUUGCAACUAAUGCAGGAGCAGAUGGUGAUUCCAUAGUGGAGCAUACCCGAACAUGUGGUUGGCAAAUCGGUUACAAUGCAAUGACGGGCAAAUAUGAAGAUCUUCUCUGUGCUGGAGUCAUAGAUCCAUGCAAGGUUUCAAGGUGUGCGCUACAAAGUGCAGUUUCCAUUGCAGGGACCGUGUUGACUACCCAAGCGAUAUUGGUGGAGAAAACAAAGACGCCCAAGCCACCCAUUCCACUUGUGCCUGGAAUAACACCUUAAAGUAAAACAAACGAGCGGAUGCUCCAUUGCACUCAGGAUAAAUGCCAAGUCAGAGCUCUCCUUGUUAAAAGAAUAUCCGUGCUUCAUGGAUGCGUGCUUUUCAAAAUGAAGAUGCGCAUGACAUAUUUUCGGGAACUGGGGGGGUGUCAUCUCCCUUAUCUGGGUGGUCUUCAAGAUCUGGCGCUGCCAUAAUUGAAGUAAUCGAGGUUGGAUAUUGAAAGCCGGAUAGUUUCUCCGAAUUGCUUAAUGGCAGUCACGUUUCUGCAAUCUGUGUAACAUGUUGAUCUCUCUCUCACACACAUAUUGUUCGCAAAUGUUCAGCUAAUGUCCUCUGAUGUUUCUCCAAUCUUUAAUACCUUGUACCCUUUUUUUAAGGCUGAACACUGUAACGCCUUGUAUGUUGAGGAUAGUUAGCAGCAUCGCAAGCAUUGAG